AUGGCGGGCGGGUACGCAGCUACGGCGGGUGCCAAGUUCAGGAGGCUCAGUGGUGAGCCGAUUCCCUGCAGCAUCCCCGCCAGGUGCACAGUAAACCAAGCGAGGCCCAUACUGGCCAAGUGCGUGGGUGGCGGAUCCUUGCGGCUCAUUUCCGAGUCAGGCCGCUUUUUGGAGGGCCACGAUGAGAUUCCGGAGGAAGGCAACGUGCAGGUGCAGGUGGCAAGCAUCGCUCCAGGAGCCUGGUUUACCCUGUACAGCAGCGCCUUCGCAGGAUUUGACGAGGUGGCUCUCCGCGAAGCUCUAACCCAGGCUUGGCCGGGUGAUGGCCCAGAAGGCGACUACGAAGACGUUUCUCGAGUUCGACCAGAGGUACGGGACUGGCAAGAUCAGUGCCAGCAGGUCCUCCGCCAGGCAGUGAUCCAAAGCGCAGGCGAGUGGGCGGACUUCUGGACUUUCGGGCAAAGUGCCGACUCCUAUGGUGAUUCGUAUGUCCGCCCGCCAUACCGCACCAUGCCCCCCAGCGUGGACUUGAUGGUCAAUGACGUGAAGAGGUGGCAGGAGCUCCUGCUGACCCUGGAGGAUGACUUUGCGCAGUUGCGCUCGAGGUGCGGUGGGCUGGGCUCCUGUGAGCACAUCGAGACAGCCGUCGCCUUUCUGCUACGACAUUCCCCGAAUUUCAGCACAGACGUGACAUGGGUGAUCGGUUUUGAGAUGUGGUAUCGGCCACUUGCGACGCUGGUACGAUGGUACUUGAGCUCAGCGGGGUUCGAGGAAUGUGACUCAGACCUUCUGGAUUGUGUGGACAAUGCCAUCACGGGCUUUGGCAGCUACACGGUGCCCAAGGAUGCUCCAGUCGUCGUUAGGCGGCAGGCGGCCAAGCACCUCAAGCUACAAGUGCCGGAGGUGAACUCCACAGCAGAUUGGCUUCGAGAGCGGGUGAAGCUCAAGAUGUCUCUGCAGAGUCCAGAGCCUGCGCUGGAGUGCGGCGAUCCCCACCUCGACUUCAUCGAGGCAGUCGACGCUUCCCGCAGCCCCGGACGGGCGGCGAAGAUGAAAUACGCCUUGGCCCGCUGCCGCGAGGAUGCUUGGGCGCCUCUGGAGUUCCGGCAUCUUGAGGAAUGGCGCGAGUACAUCCUGGGCCAUCAGGUCCGCAAAGGCUUCCGCCAGCAUGACGCAUACGGGAAGCAAUCCCGUGAGCGCUACCCUUUGGAAGACAAGACGAAAGCAACCUUCCUGUCACUACUGGCUGAGGCCAACACGGAGGAGCCCAUAGAGCUUCGCGCCUGCCGGGCAUAUUUGGAUGUCCUUUUUUUCCAUCCGUUCGAUGACGGAAACAGUCGCUUGGCGCGUUUAGUCUUCGACUUCGUGCUGACCCGAGAUGGCUACACCCUGCAGAAGGUGGAUCCUGUCUUCAUGUUUUCCAAGAGCGCGAAAGAUGGGGAGGGCGCGCUGAGGCUUGUUGAGAUGGUAGGGAAGCUCUUAGCCAAGCAGCGCGUUGAUUGGGACGCUCCGUUGAAGGCUUGGGUAGCUGCCCAUCCGCAUCCAGGACUCUCCUGGCAAGUGAACCGAUGGUUCUGCAGCCAGAGCUUUCCCGAAGACGUCCCGCCUUGA